CCGCUCGCAUUAUUGUGGCAGCAGUUGCAAGCUAGCUUUGGCCUUCGGCUCCCCUUCCUUACAAGCUCCGGCAAGGCUCACAGCCUUCCUCCGCGCGCUCUUCAACAAUGGAGGCUCCUCUCCUCCUUCCCGUUUCCACCGCUGCCGCCUCAUCCUCUAUCACCAUCGACGACACCGUCCAAGUUGCCGCCUCCCCUUCCACCCAAAGCAUCGUCUUUCGCGUCCUCGCCGUCCUCGCCGUCGCGUGCGCGUCCCUGUUCGCGCAGCACGAGGCAUCGAAGGGCUUCGGUAUCGACGUCGUAAACGCCGCUCCUCGGGACACCGUUGCAGGGCGGCGCUUCCACCUCUUCUUCGUGUCCAACGGCCGGGCCGAGCGCAUCCUCCACGACGCCAACCGCGACGUCGAGCAGGCGCUCUUCCCGGACGCGUCGUUCCCGCGCAAGCGGGUCACCCGCGUCACCGUCAAGAUGGCUGGACACAACCUCACCGCGGACGCCACGGUGGACGCAGCUGCUCCCGGGGAGUACGUCGUCACCCUGAGCCCCGGCCUCAUGGCCAGCACCGGCAGGGCCGCCGACGCCGUCGCCGCCGCGGUGCGCCGCGCCGUCGCUCGCAUGUGGCUGUGGGACGGCCGUGGCGCCGCCCCCGCGUGCGUGACGGAGUCCAUGGUGGAGUACCUAGCCGACGGCGCCGAGCUGACAGCGUCGCAGCCUGAGGAGGAGGAUGAGGAGGACGAGCCGCAGUGCAUGUCGGCGCGGUUCCUGAGGCACCUGGAGCAGCGCCGCAGCGGGUUCGUCGCGCGUCUGAACCGGGCGAUGAGGGACCGGUGGAGCGACGCCGCCGUGGAUGCCGCGCUCGGCGCGCCUGCGCGGCGACGGCGUUGACCGGCCACGACCACCUCGCCACCCCGCAGCCGGCUGACUCCACCUCCACGUCGGACGGCGCCCGUGGGUCCAGGGUGGCAAUGUGAGGCGGGGAAGCCUAUGUAUUGUGCAUGUCCAUGUGCGCCACGUCGACCCUUGUGUAAUUUAAUCCUUGAUUAGUGACGGUUAAACGCGCCCCUAAUCGUGGCGGGAGAUGAGCGAGCGGUCGCUGUCUGGUGAUUACAUACGCCAUUAUGGCUUAGUCCUUCUACUGCUUGUAAUGAUACUGUGAUUAUGGUAGCAAUGUGAUGCGAGGACAAGAUUUUUCUUGUC